CAGGAAGGAGGGGGUUUGAGUGGUUGCAUGAAGUUCAUAAAUGGGAGUUAAGCAGGUACGGCGGGCCUGUAGCCGGACACCGGCGCUGUGUUUUUCUUAAACACCGUGCUUCUGAUGGAGGAAGAGCUGCCGCCUGUCAACACAUGUUUACAGAGCUUUCCGAAGUUACCACUGUGGAUCAUAGAGCAUGUGUGGGCUCACAACGUAAUGGAUCUACAGGAAGUGGUGUCCUCAUCAAAGUGGCCUGAAAUGGACUCCCAGCCACUGACCCUUGAGGAUUCAUGGAGGCUGCGUGUUACCUCUGCUCAGGUGUAUUUUAUCAUGAAGAAAAGGGACAUGGAGCAGUCUGAGAGAGUGAUGGAAUUUCUGGAAGCUACUUAUAAAAUUCUGCCCAGACUGGUGCCUCCCAUCAAACACAUGAAGAUCAUGUUUGGCCUCAAAACCAUGGUCGUCAUGCAGAUGCUGAGGGAGGGCCGAGGAAUGGUUGAUACCGUCUUUAAAAUCAACCAGUAUUUUCCAAGUAAACUACCUCAGUACCAGGAUCAAUGUAGCCAACAUCAAAUGUUCCUCAUGAGGAGGAACAAUCUGGAAUUCAAGACUUUUGCACAAGAACUGGCUAUGGACAAAGACAAACUCAAAGAUUAUGCAAAGAAUCAGAUGGAGGAAGAGUACGGUGAGUCCUAUGCCCAGAAGGUCGAGGACAGGCUGCUGCACUACCUGCACAGGUUGGACACUGUACUGCCAGGAGACACCUACAUCGACAAGGUGCAAAAGAAACAAAGUCCUGUGUCUGAAGAGGAGAAGCUGUUGUUGGAAAUUAUAUCCUCUGACACUGCAACAAUAGCAACAACUUUAAGGAAACUGCUGCAAUGUGAUGUUGCUUCUUGUUGUCCAGAUGACAACGAUCCAGAUUUAAGGAGACAUCAUCAAUCAAAGGGCAAUGGUGAGGCCAGCCCCUCUCCUCAGUUCUGCUCCAAACACCAGCGAUGGGUGAGGAACAUCCUGCAACACUGUCCUGAUGAAUGUUCAGAGGAGAUGAGGCUUCAGGCCAAUGUUUCUUCAUCUCCGACACUCUUCCACUCGUCAUCCUCUGGCUCUUCAUCAGGGGACCUCACCCCCUCUGGACUCAUCCCUUUACCCAGUAACGGACAGCACCCACCCUCACAGACCUCCACCCAUCUUCAGACAGCAGCUCUGCUAUCAGAACCGGCAAACUCUAACAAACAGAUUUCUGGAUCCACUGUUACCUCUGGGACUGAAUCUCAGAAUGUGUCAGGUAAUGCUCUGCAGCAACAGCUGUUGUCACCAGUGGUUCAAUUGGUAGACAUAGCCUCAAUCCCAGGGUUCUUAUCUAUAUUUAAAAGCCAACAAGUACCUCCAAAUCACAAUCUUCAGGAAACUUCUAAUGCAAGUCCUCACAUACGAAGCUCUGGGGAUGUUGCCAUAUAUCAGGAAACAAUGAAAGACACUUCAUUCAGCCAACCAGGAGCCCUUAAAAGUCCUCCUUAUUCAGCUAAUGAAGCCUCUAUAUCUAGUGAUCUAGCUAAUGUAAUCUUCUGUCAACCAGAAACACGACGGCAUUCUUUUAGACCUUUCAGGAAGUGCAGACUGGCUGGUUCCCAGCCUCUGGGUAGCAUUAGUAGAAACCCUUCAGCCCAAACCACCUUUAGGAACAGCUGUCCACUCCUGCCUGAAUAUCAUAACAACUCUAAAUCUUCUUCACAAGACUGUCCUUCCACUAGCUCUCAAUCAGGGACUCAAAGUUCAUCCAGCCCUGCUUACAAAACCCCUUUAAGUUCAGAUUCGUCUCAAGAAGUCAGCACUGAAAACACUCUCACAUCUCAUCGCCUGUCCCAAAGCCUCACAAUCAUCUCCUCUUCCUCUGACUCAAGAUGUCUCUCCGUCCGCUCUGACACCAGCCAAGUCCAAACAGCCUCUCUCAGGUUGUCUCUGCGUAGUCAGGCUGUACUGCUGCAGUCUAAGCUGCUGCAGCCCUGUGUGAGUCUCGUCAGGCUGAGCAGGCAGGAGUGUUAUGGAGGGACUGUGUGGAGAUCCUCACCCACACACUUGCAGCCAGAGGGGCAAGACAGCAGUGGUGACAGCAGUCAGGAGAGCAGGAUGGAGGACAGCGAGGAUGAAGAUCCCUCAUUUGAUGUAAACGUUCUUUUCUCCAGUUUCUCUUCAAGCAGUGACAGUGAAAACCCGCUGGAUUGUGACCCUGACUAUAAGCCUUGGAUCAAGAAGAAACGACUUCUUCUAGAGUAUGAGUCUGCAAGGGUCAUAAAUCAAACAUGAGAGGUGUUUCUUAUUUAUUUGUAUGUUUGGCUAAAUGUGAGCGAUACCAGAUUUAUCAGAUCAUGCUGAUAAUGUUACUGAGUUAGUCGUCAUGACUUCCAACGAGUGCAUCUUCACAAAAAAACUCAAAAGAUACCUAAAGAUAAAUUUUACACUAUUAAUGUUAAGUUUUCUUUUUUUUCAUUGAUAAAAGAGUUUAAUUAAGUAGUUUCUAAACUAACAAAAAUUGAAUAAAUUUCCUUUA